AUGUCUGCUUUUGAUGGUAACGUUUCUGUAACGGGAGAAUGGUUAGACCAUAGUCCAAACCACAAGAAGAGAUCGAAAGCGGAACUUGAUAGAGAGGUUUCUUUAGAAGCCAGAGAUUCUCUGCAAACCAGCUUUCAAGAGAUGCCGAGUUAUUCACGAGGUGAUCUUAGUGGAAGGAUUGCUGCGAGAGCCGGUCAUAAUGUACCGAGGUUAAAGACUGAGAAUAUUCUUCGGCAUCCAUGUUUAACCAUCUCUUCUCCUGUUCUUGGCCCUGCAACUCUGUUAGACUCUCCGGUUUUCCUCUCAAACCCUUUGCCAUCUCCGACCACCGGAAAGCUCUCAUCACUACCUUCUGAUAAAGCUAAAGAUGAGUUCUUUGACGACAUUGCCACGUCCUUAGCCGUCCAGUCUAUUUCAAGAAGCCUUGAUCCUACAAUCAUCAUCAGUUUAGAACCCGAUGAUUCCCAAGACUCUGAGCAAAAACAGCUCAGCGGUUUAGGAGACUCUGUGGCUAGUGGUGCACCUGCAGAUGAUGGAUACAACUGGAGGAAAUACGGACAGAAGCUAGUUAAAGGAAGCGAGUAUCCGCGUAGCUAUUACAAGUGCACACACCCGAAUUGUGAGGUCAGGAAGAAAGUUGAACGGUCCCGGGAAGGCCAUAUUACAGAGAUCAUAUACACAAAAGCUCAUAAUCACCCCAAGCCACCACCUAACCGCCGCUCAGGCAUUGGAUCAUCAUCCGGUACAGGCCUUGACAUGCAAGUAGAUGGAACCGAACAAACCGAGCAAGAAGGUUUUAUCAGAACCAAUGACAACACAGAAUGGACAUCACCUGUAUCUGCAGAGCUCGAAUACGGAUGCCAUUAUGGAUCACUGCAGGUUCAAAGCAGGACACAGUUCGGGUAUGAUUCUUUCUUUAGGGAUGAAGAUGAAGCAGAUCGCACGACCCACAAUAGUGUUUCCCUGGGUUACGACAGAGAAGUAGAUGAAUCCGAGUCAAAGAGAAGGAAACUCGAAGCCUAUUCAACGGAAAUGACUGGAUCAACCCGAGCUGCCCGUGAGCCAAGAGUGGUGCUGCAGACCACGAGUGACAUUGACAUCCUUGAAGAUGGUUAUCGCUGGCGCAAGUAUGGGCAAAAAGUCGUCAAAGGAAACCCAAAUCCAAGGAGUUACUAUAAAUGCACAGCCAAUGGAUGUACAGUGACAAAGCAUGUGGAGAGAGCUUCUGAUGACCUCACGUCCGUACUAACCACUUACAUAGGCAAGCACACCCACAAUGUACCAGCAGCACGCAACAACAGCCACGUCGGUUCAGGCGGCUCAGGGACUAUCCAAUGUGGUUUAGCAUCUCAGGUACAUAACCACCAUGUGCACUAUCCAGUUCCACACAGUAGACCUGAGGGACUGGUCACAGCCAACUCAUCUCUCUAUGACUUCCAGCCACACCUGAGGCCUCCUUCGGGUUUCUCAGUUUACAUUGGCCAAAAUGAGCUUUCUGAUCUUUCAAUGCCUGGUUUAGCUAUCGGGCAAGAGAAGCUUCCCGGCCUGCCAGCACCUGCGAUUGGUGAUCCAGCUGGGCUGAUGUUGCAGUUAGGAGCAGAGCCAAAGGCGGAACCAGUGUCACAAGAGGGUUUUGGAUUGUCGAGUAGCUCACUGGUAUACAGAGAGAUAAUGAGUAGAUUACCACAGAUAUGA